UUAAACCGUAACCAACUCUUAUUUAAUAAUAAUAGACCACAACAAGCAAGCAUAUGCUAAGUUUGGUCGCCAUUUUUGUCUAAACCACUUUGAAGAACAAUAAUGUUGGGACCUCAGUGCUGCGAAAACCCGCCGGUUCUUAACCCGCUCUCCGGGUCGGGUCAUGUGGAGAAACUGGGUGGCCUCGAUGUAUACGUCUCUGGCUCUCCAGAUUCCAACAAGUGCGUCCUCCUCGUCUCGGAUAUUUAUGGCUAUGAAGCUCCAAACUUGAGGGCGCUUGCGGACAAGGUUGCAGCUUCAGGAUUCUAUGUUGUGGUUCCUGAUUACUUCUAUGGAGAUCCUUAUGAUCCCUCUCAUCAAGACAGAUCCGUCCCUAUCUGGAUCAAAGACCAUGGCCCUGAUAAGGGGUUUGAAGACACAAAGCCAGUACUUGAAGCCAUAAAGAACAAGGGCAUAACUGCCAUUGGAGCUGCAGGGAUGUGCUGGGGUGGAAAAGUGGUUGUGGAAUUGUCUAAAGAAGAGCUGAUCCAAGCAGCUGUUUUGCUUCAUCCUACUUACGUCACUGUCGAUGAUAUCAAGGAUGUGAAGGUUCCAAUAGCUAUACUAGGAGCUGAGGAUGAUUUUUUGACCCCACCAGCACUCGUGAAGCAAUUUGAGGAGAUUCUUGCUUCUAAACCCGAGGUGAGUAGUUAUGUGAAGAUUUUCCCCAAUGUCUCACACGGUUGGACAACUCGGUAUGAUAUCAAUGAUCCAGAGGCGGUUAAAGCUGCGGAAGAAGCUCACAAGGAGAUGCUUGAUUGGUUUGUGACUUACGUCAAAGAAUGAUUGAGAGAAGGCUAUCUCUUAAGUGAUCACAUUUGCUACUGUUUGUUGAAUUGUAAAUAAGGAGAGAACUAAUAAGUAUAAUAAAACUCUGGGGUUGUGUGUGUCUCUCCACUCUCUGUUCUUAUCUGAGGUAUGUUGGAUAAAUAUAAGUAUGUUGUUCCUAUGUAGUGAAUUUGGCCUGUGAUGCCUUUCGUUUAUCAUUGCAAAAACUUUACCCUUUCUCA